UUCCGCGCAUGCGUUCUAUACGUGGCUUUAUUAAUCCGAUUUCCUGUUUUACUUUGCCGAAAUGGCAGCUCAUACAUUUCAUCAAGAAUAUAUGCAGAUGCCCCCAAUUACUAGGGCAUAUACAACGGCAUGUGUUUUGACAACUGUUGCAGUUCAACUAGAUAUCAUCACUCCUUUCCAGAUCUACUUCAAUCCUGAUCUGAUAUUUAAACAAUUACAGUUAUGGCGGCUUGUUACAAACUUUCUGUACUUUGGACCAAUCGGCUUCAACUUUCUUUUCAAUAUAAUCUUUGCAUAUAGAUAUUGUCGUAUGUUAGAAGAAGGAUCCUUUCGUGGACGCACAGCGGAUUUUGUUUUUAUGUUUUUAUUUGGUGGGUUUUUUAUGACUCUUACUGGUUUGCUAAUAAAUCUAGUUUUCUUAGGUAGUGUUUUUACAAUAAUGUUAGUGUAUGUGUGGAGUAGAAGAAAUCCUUAUAUAAGAAUGAAUUUUUUUGGAUUAAUGAACUUUCAAGCUCCAUAUUUACCAUGGGUUUUAUUAGGGUUUUCUUUAUUACUGGGCAAUUCUGUGAUAAUUGAUUUAAUGGGUAUCGCAAUAGGUCAUAUUUAUUAUUUCUUAGAAGAUGUAUUUCCACAACAGCCAAAUGGUUUUAAAGUGUUAAGAACACCUCAAUUAUUAAAAUAUAUAUUUGAUGCAGCACCUGAGGAUCCGAACUAUAACCCUCUACCCGAAGACAGGCCAGGAGGAUUUGAGUGGGGACAAGGACAAGCUCCUAGAGAACCACAAAAUGGGAAUCAAGAAGAAUGAAAUAUACAAAUCCCAAGUUGGAUUAUUUAAUGUGCAUAAAAGAAAGGAGUUAUUAUCACUGACAUCUGUUAGUCAUUUCAUCAUAACAUGAUGUGAUUCAUGAGCAAAUAUAUUUCUUGCUCAAGGACUACAUUGCAGCUUACAUAAUAUUUAUUUAUUCAUACCAUUGUUACUGUGAUGAAGUUGACCUCCUGGAGUGCAUGAUCGAUCAUUCAUUUAAAUAUUUUCAUGAGUGUUGUUGAUAUGAUAAUAUCUACAAUUCUUUAAGACAUUGUGUCUGUGGUAAAUGUUUCUUGUUAUAUAUAAGACUUAUCAGAAUUAAAAAAUUCUAUUUUGUUGUACAAUAA